CUUCCGUUCUGAGAACCCCGGAUGAAUUUGAAUGGAUUCUUUUGGAUGGAAAUUAUAGAAGUGAGUUCGUUUAUUCAAGGUCUUUUGAAAGCUUUUAAUUCCUUGUGGUACCAUUUGAAGCUUUUUGCAUGAAUAAAACUAUUGCGUACUUGUGAAUCAUCUGUUUACGACAAUGUUGAUAACUAAUUAUAUAGAAAGCAAAUUGAGUAAUGAAAAUGUACGUCAACUUUUGGUUUUAAAAAGCACUAAGUACCACAUUUCCUGAUCGUCCUUGAUCCAUAUCCAAUACUAUAAAUAGUACAAUAUCAGACUAUCGGUCCUUCUGAUAUGUUAUGUGACAUGACUAACAAUAGAACACAUUAUCUACAUUUUGUUUUUCUGAAAAUGGAUUGACAGUUAUAUUUUUACGUCUAAUGUUGUAGCCAAUAGUACUCUGCUCAUCUUAAAUCCAAACGAUCAAAAUGGAUGCUCGUUUAAAAGAUUCACUUGAAGAUGUUGACGAAAUUUCAGGUAUGCCAACGUUUCAUUUUUCGUACAUAAUUCAAAAUAUGAUUCCGUCCUCCAUAGCAAGCAGCCAAAGAAUAAAAACAUUUGACUUGGAGUUCGAAGAUAAUAAAGAAGUCAGUGUAUUGAAUGACGAUGACGUCACGGCAAUUCCUGUAGGCAGUAUGGCGGAAGGUCUAAAUAUGCCAAACUUUAUGGAAACUACGAAAGAAGGCUGUAAUUUUUUGGCUUUGUCAGAUAUUGAUAUCAUGCUAGUCAUGAAUCAGUACCUUAUAACAUUUGACGAAAAGGAAAAACUAAAUUUGAGGUUUGUCGAAGCUAAGGAGCUACUACCAUGGGAUUAUUAUGCAUUAGCAGAGACCAACGAUAUUCAUCCAGGAUAUGUCCGAAUUAAUCGAUCUAAUACUAUGUUAUUUGAUCAAUACCAAGAUAGAGAAAUGCUUCUUCUUAAUUUUAAAAUGUAUAAUAUGCAAAAGAAGGAACUUGUUGACAAUGUAAUGGUGAAUGGACCAGCAUUGACCAUUCCCCAAUCUGUCUCAGACAGAAAAGUAAACGGAAAUCCUUUACCAAUGGACAAAGUUCUUGCCAUGCCAUGCAAAGAGUGGCCUCCUCCAGCAGUUCCAUGGAUUCAAAGAUCUAAAGAAAAAGACUGGCUUCCAGAAACUUUGAUUCAGAAGAUUGUUGAAGCAGGUUGUCAUAUAGUUCCAACACAUCACAGAAAAGUCGACGAUUGCAAAUCAAGGGACGAAUGGAGAAUAUCAUUUGCCACUGCUGAAAGGCAAAUUGCAAGAGAAGCUUUGACUGAUAUUCAAAAACAAGCAUAUAUUGCUAUCAAAAUACUUUAUCACCAAAGGCUUAAGAGACAAGAAUUACUUUCAUCAUAUCAUCUGAAAACUGUUUUCUUCUAUACCUGUGAGCAAAUACCAAGCUCACGCUGGGAAGAAAAUAUAGGAUCCUGUAUAUUAUGCUUUCUUGAUAUUUUAAUCAAAUACGUGAAAGAGGGGAAUAUUCCGAAUUUCUUCAUUCCUGAGAACAACUUGAUAGAUUAUUUAUCCCAAAAACAACUUGACGAACUGUGUGAGGCUUUGACACAGAUUCGAAAGAAUCCAGUUGAGCAGUUGCUGCUAUUUUUUGACGACAAGGUAAUAGAAAACUUAGGAGUAAAAUUGGAAUUUCAAAGUAUCCUUAACCCUGUUGUAGCUGAUAUGGAAAAGUAUUCACAUCAUCCAAACAUAAUUAAAUUCUUGAAAGAAGUGAUCAGACCAUGUUCUUUGAAUAUGAUGCGUGGAUAUAUGGAAGGAGCAAAAUACAAUGAGGCUUUACGAACUGGAGAGGACUUGUAUUGUCUUAUGCUUAAAUGUGAAAUGACAGAGGAAUCACUUGCUGAAUUCUUCUUAACAACAAUACCACAAAUAACUACUGAUCAAGAAAUGGUGAUAAACUUUUUUAUCUGCAUAACGAAGAUCUAUGAGAAGGAGAAAAGUUUUGAAUGCUGUAGAAAUCAUUUGUUACAUCUUUUAGAAACAAAACAGACAGGCGUGCACGAAACGAAUUGGGAAAAUUGUUGGUUUCUUUGACUUCGUAAAUAAUAAUUAAUAAAUUAUCAAUUCUUUUGCAUUUUUUGUGAUCGAGACCAUUUAGACAUAAAGUUUCACUGUA